AUGCAAAUUCAAGUAUCUUCAUCAAUCACCUCAAAUCAAGGUCAACACAUUCAUUCAACACAAAAACUUUCAACAACAGCAACAUCCUCUCGGAAAGAUAAUUUAUUGUUUUUGACACAAUCACUUCAUACGAUCCGAGAAUCCGAUAUUCAAUUACUUACGGAAAUGGGAAAAAAACAACAACAAUCGGUAACUGGAAAACAAAAUAGAAAAGAAGAGAAUAUGAGUGGUGAUAUGGAAGAAGAUGAAAAUUUAGAUAAUGAUGAUGAUGGCAUGAACGACGACGAUGAAGAAGAGGCCGAUGAUAAAAAUCAACCCACAAAGAAAAUAAAAAAUUAA